GGGAGUGCCCCAGGCAGCUCAGUAAAAACAGCUCCGCGUCCCUGGCAUGGCAACAUAAACUCUAGCCUAUCACCCAGCGUGCAGCACCAAAGUCUUCAGCCUGAUUGAUAUAAAGGAAGGGCACAACAAGAGGAACAGCAGCCUCCUGGCAAGUGAUGGGUGCCUGCCUUUGCCCCUUGGAGGGUCCAGAUGGCCCAAGCCAGCCUCCCAAUGGUCCCCUCUGUUUCCACCCUUACCUCAAAGGCUCCCAGGUCAUUAUGGACGAGUCCCACUGCAUAGCGAGCAGAGCAGCCACAUUCUGCAAUGGCAUUGUCUUCUCCAGCCGGCCUAUUGAACUUUAUGAGAAGGUGACUUUGAAAAUCUUAAAGGAAGAGAGCAGGUGGUGUGGAGGCCUAAGGGUGGGCUUCACUUGGGAGGAUCCCUCCCUCAUUGAGCCCAGUGUGCUGCCUCCGUAUACUUGCCCAGACCUGGUAAAACAAGGGAGGUGUCGUGCUGCUGUCUUACCGGGAGAAUGUGAAGCAGAAGGCACCAUUGUCAGCUUCUGGGUGGACAACCAAGGUUCUGUUUUCUGCAGCACCAAUGAGAAGUCAGAAGGGUUCCUGGUGGUAGGUGGUGUCUUGGUCACAAGCCCUCUCUGGGCUGUUGUGGACAUCUAUGGAAGGACCAAGGCAGUCCAGCUUUUGGAUCCCUCCAGCCUACCAACAAAUGCUGAUGGGCUCAGCCUUCUUCAACAGAGUGAGUCCACCUGUGGGGAUUUCCAAGCCCUUCCUGAGGAAUGUGCUGUAUGCUUCGGGCAAAAAGCCAACACGAUGAUGCUUCCUUGCCGUCAUGCCAACUUCUGCUCCCACUGCUCACUGAAAAUUUUCCAUACCACCAGUCGCUGCCCAUUGUGCCGGCAGGAAGUGAAGAAAAUUAUUCCCAUCUCUGUUUUGGCAAAAGGAGAGAGCCCAGAAGUCUGGCCGGAAUAAGCAAAGAAUAGCCAGCCCCUGUGGUGACAAAAAUAUGUACUAUCAAAGCUCCUGAAAUAUUUCAAAUCUUGAUGGGAACCCGCCGAGGUGGAGAAGACAAAGAGAGAUGCGCAACAAAGAGAUCACUGUGGCAGAGAAGAUGGGCUGCUGAGAUCUUUCUCUCUCAAUCUCUCCAUGGCCCAAAAGGGAGAUGUAUAAAAAGGACUCUCCGUAAUAAGACACUUUUGCCUUUAAAAAGCAAAGAACCAUGGUGCUAGAUUUAGAACAGUGACAUCUAA